AUGUAUCAGCCUGUGUUCCACGAGGACACCUCAGGACACAUCGGUCCUGCUGUACAAAUCAAACUUGUGGAAGGAGCAAUGACAAAGUUUAUAAAAGCACGUCCAGUUCCCUUCGUGCUGCGGUCGGCUGUAGAGGCUGAACUGGAUCGACUGCAAGAUCAAGGCAUAAUCAAGCCUGCGUGGAAUUCGAAUUGGGCAACGCCUCUCAUACCGGUUCGAAAGAAGAAUGGUUCGUUACGAAUAUACAGUGACUACCAUUGUACAGUGAAUCAGGUAUCGAAAAAGGCAGAGUAUCCACUUCUCACAACAGAUGAGGUCCUCCGCCACUCGAGGGGCGGCAAGGUCUUCAGCACCCUGGAUUUAGCACAUGUUUACCAGCAACUUCACGUGACACCACAUACAUCAAAGAUAUUGACCCUCAACAUGCUGAAAGGGCUCUACAAGAUCAAAUGGUCGCCUUUUGGAAUCUCUGCAGCACCAGCCAUUUUUCAACGCUUCAUGGAGACUAUGGUGCCCGGCAUCACAGGCAUUUGUGCAUACUUGGAUGACGUGAUCAUCAGUGGAAAGGAACCCAAGGAACAUGACAUCAGAUUGGAAGAAGUCCUCAAGAGGCUGCACAAGUAA